UCCCGCUGCUUCCUGCUGUGCAUGUGCGGCCUGACCUUCAUCCAGUCCCUCAUGGUGUCGGGCUACCUGAGCAGCGUCAUCACCACCAUCGAGAGACGCUACAGCCUGAAGAGCUCGGAGUCCGGGCUGCUGGUCAGCUGCUUCGACAUCGGCAGUCUGCUGGUGGUGGUCUUCAUCAGCUACUUCGGGGGUCGCGGCCACAGGCCCCGCUGGUUGGCCGCCGGGGGCUUCCUGGUGGCCUCGGGCGCCGCGCUCUUCGCGCUGCCCCACUUCAUCUCACCGCCCCACCAGCUGCAGGAGCUCAAGUCGUCCGUCAACAACGAGGGGCUGUGCGGGACGACCCCCCACCACCACCAUCAUCACCCCUCCUCCUCCUCCACCUCCCCCUCCCCACCCCUCCAGGGCGAGAGCCACAACGGCAGCACCGGGUCCCUCCCGGGGGUCGGGGAGUCGGGCUCCGCCUGUGGGGACCAGGACUCCGCCGCUCAGGGCCACUCGCUGUACGUGGCUCUGUUCAUCUGCGCCCAAUUCAUCGUCGGGGUGGGCUCCACACCCAUCUACAUCCUCGGCCCCACCUACCUGGACGACAACGUUAAGCCGGAGAACGCCUCUCUGUACCUGGCAAUUAUGUAUGUGAUGGGAGCCCUGGGACCUGCAGCUGGAUAUCUUCUAGGGGGAGUAUUAAUCGGCUACUACGUAAACCCAAGCACUAUAGUUCACAUUGACCAGCACGAUCCACGCUUUAUCGGAAACUGGUGGAGCGGAUUCUUACUUUGUUCAAUCUCCAUGUUCCUGGUCAUAGUCCCCAUGUUCAUGUUCCCUAAAAAGCUCCCACCUCGGCAGAGGAAGAAAAAGAAAAAGAAAAUGGUCUCGGAGGAUUCCAGCAGCGACGACGAUGUGAUGAAAGAGAAAUCCAACAGCAAAGGACAUGGAAAGAGACCGGUCUCCUCCUCUAUGGGGUUCAGUAAAGACAUUAAGGAUCUUCCUAAAGCAGCUAUCAGGAUCUUGAGCAACAUGACAUUCCUGUUUGUAAGCUUGUCGUACACAGCAGAGAGUGCCAUCGUCACCGCUUUUAUUACCUUCAUCCCAAAGUUCAUUGAAUCUCAGUUUGGCAUCCCAGCAUCUAACGCAAGCAUUUACACAGGUGUGAUCAUUGUUCCCAGUGCUGGUGUUGGAAUCGUCCUCGGCGGCUACAUUAUUAAGAAGCUUAAGCUGGGAGCUCGCGAAUCGGCAAAGCUUGCCAUGAUCUGCAGCGGAGUCUCACUGUUGUGCUUCUCCACUCUCUUCAUUGUCGGCUGUGAAACCAUUAAUCUAGGGGGCAUUAACAUACCUUACACUGCGGGCCCGUCCCUCACAAUGGCUCACAGGAACCUCACAGGCAGCUGCAACGUGAACUGUGGCUGUAGAAUCCAUGAGUACGAGCCUGUCUGUGGAUCAGACGGGAUCACGUACUUCAGCCCAUGCCUGGCUGGGUGCUCAAGUGUGGUCAAUGAAAGCACAGGGAUGAGGAACUACACGGACUGCGCCUGUGUUCUGAGUCGCCAGGUCAUCACUCCCCCUACGGUCGGACAGAGAAGCCAGCUCCAUUUGGUUAUUGUGAAGACGUACCUGAAUGAGAAUGGCUACGCUGUGUCGGGCAAGUGUGAUCGGACGUGCAGCACCCUCAUCCCGUUCCUCAUUUUCCUUUUCAUCGUCACACUGAUCACAGCGUGUGCUCAGCCAUCAGCUAUCAUAGUAACUCUCAGGUCUGUAGAAGAUCAGGAGAGACCUUUUGCCCUGGGAAUGCAAUUUGUUCUCUUACGAACUCUCGCUUAUAUUCCGACUCCAAUCUACUUUGGGGCUGUGAUUGACACGACCUGCAUGCUGUGGCAACAGGAAUGUGGUGUGAUUGGUUCCUGCUGGGAGUAUGACGUCACAUCAUUCCGAUUUGUCUACUUCGGGUUAGCAGCCGGCCUGAAGUUCGUGGGCUUUAUUUUCAUCUUCCUGGCCUGGUACUCCAUCAAGUAUAAGGAAGAUCGCUUGGAGAGGCGCAGGAGGACAGCUUGUCCCGUGAGCACUGUCAGCGAGCUCAUCGGCCACGCGGGCGGCCAGUACAGCUCCACACGGACUCGUUCCUGUCCCAGCUUUCGCACACGGGCUGAACACGGCGACGACCUAUCGCGGCGCGCGGGACAGACAUUACCCGGAUCAUUCCGAGAGCCAGAACAGCACACGGCGGAGGACACACUGGAGGAUGUGACGGCUGACAUCUAGGUCAACGCAAUGUCCCCCCCCCCCCACACGUGACCAUCCCGAGGAUUGAGUCGUCCCAACACUGCAAAACGCCGGCUGGGCUGUUGAAGCAGGAUUUUGUUCUUCGUUUCGAAAAAAAAGGGGGAAAUGUUUCCACACAGAAUUUUACAAACAAAAACUGUGCCUUUUUAAUUUAAAGAAGUGGCAAACAAUGAGCGACAAAAUUAAAAGUUAAUGCACCGACAGUGGCACUCCAGAGGGCUGGAUACCUCAAAGCGAAUUCUAGGCUGCUUUUUAUUUUUAAUCUUAAUGGUGCGACCAUUUGCACUCGUGCUCUACGAUGACUAACAAUUAGUGUUUGGGGAAUCAUGAAAUACAGGGGCAGGCAGUCAGUCAAGCAGUGGGUUAGUCAGUCAGUCAGUCAGUGAAUCAGGCAACAUGCCCAGCGCCAAGCGUCAGUGUGCAAUUGUUUCGACAAUUGUUUUGGGCAUUUUUUUAAAAAAAAAUGCUGUUCUCAUCAGCCCUAGGUCACACAGUGUUAAGAAUACCUGCUAGAUGCCAGUUGCAGGCUGUUGAAGAUUUAAUAUAUUUGACUUGGUUUUAGUGACGAAUAACGUGUUUUUAUAAUCACUGCUCACCCCAUCAGAGUGACUUGAAAAUCGUGUUUACAAGACAGUACGUUAAGUUGCCGUAAGUAACCCUGGCCCUGCCCAAAGCUCCAAUACCACAGUUGGCAUCCACAUGACCUUUACCAGUGACCACGUUUGGUAGCCUGGUAAAAGUUGGACGAGCAUAAACUGGGCGAUAUUCCCGAACAAGUAUCUCAGGCCUCAGCUCAGAAACUGCACUGAGCUCAGUGGAUCGAAUGGGAUUAAACAGCUUCACUGGGGAGUCAGCAUGGCACGAGCUGAGUGGUCACCCCAUUAUGCACCCACACAUCUGAAAAUUGUAAUGUCUCUUAGCAGAUUUAGCAGUGCAUCAAUUGGGAGACAUUCCACCCAGGUCUAAAUUUACUCUCUCCACAUAGCAUUUCAGUGCGUCCUGAAUUUGGCAAAUUCUGAAAAGCAGCCUUAAUUUUUUUCUCUUUAAUUUCUUUACUUGUACUAGAUACACAAGUCGAGUAAAUCUAAACCUGGGCAGAAUUCCUAGAAAGAAGGACAAGCAGACACACUGCAUACUUGUGCCAUUUGAAAUAUUGAAAGUAAAGGAAGGGCAGUGAUCUCUGAGCAGAAUACAUUGAUACAUAACUGUGAUGCUGCAAUUGACAGUAUCCAGCUGCUUGCAUUUCCUGUUAUUUUGCCCACAUGUGCAAGUGGUACUGUUGCUAUUUCUUCACUGGAUUUCAAAUCCACUUCAGGUGCAUUAAGUCAAGGUUUAUCUCGAUCAGGUAAAUAUCUUUUGUGGCUCUCUCCUGAAGUGAGGGGGAAAAUCCUACGUGUGCCUCACUUUUAUCACAAUUUCUUGCAGGGGUUGCUCCACUGCAGCACGUUUUUAACACAAUGCAAGUUGUAGCGGUGUGUGUUGAAAAGCAAGCAGGAAAGGAUUUGGUUUGCCGAAAACGUUUCCACGACAAACCUAAUUGCCUUAAAUGCAGGAACAUGCAAUGGAGUACAAGAAAGAGUAAAGGAGCACAUAAUAUUCACUUGAUCUAGGGCCAGCCUUCAGAUCCUGGUUCAAGACUUAGACUGGAAAAUUCAGAGAGUGCGAAGUUUGGAAACCUAUGGAAUUAGUCUGAAUUUUGACGCCAGUUUUCUGGAGGUUCUUAUAAGGGGCUCAAAAAAAAGUUUUUCUAGUUGAGGCUGAAUUGAAGAAUUUGCCAAGAUUUGCAACACUCUUAAGAUGCUAAAGCAGAUAGUGUUAGGUCUAGAAUCAGGGGUAAUUUCUGGUCCCUUCCCAUGUACUGCAUAUUCAAUCUACAUAUCAAAUAAACAUGUACGUGGCAUUAUGUAUCUCAGCCUCUGUAAAGGCAGGCAAUAUAUCGAAAUCUCUGCAUUCUCAUAGGUUUAAGCAUCAAAGCAAUUUCAGAGGCGUUAAGGACCUGGUGUGUAAAUUGCCUUUGGUCUCUCUUUGCUAAGAUAUUAAAGUCACCCUUAACCUGCUGCAUAACCACUCAACAUACAGUAUUCAGUUGCUUGCAUUUCCUGUGUUUUUGUCAUAUAUCAAAGAUAUCACAACGAUUUUUAACUUGAACACAGAGCAUGUGGAGUAGAGUUUAAUGAGAACUUCAUCGCACUACCUAGCAAGAAAACAAUUGAAUUGGAAUUAUGGAAGGUAUUUUACAGAAUUUCACCUGUUCUCUUUUGAUACAGAAACAACACAACUGAUGUAAAGAAAAGCAUCGACAUACUUGAUCACAGAAACGCAAUAUUGCAUGCAUGUUCCCCACUGUAUCUCCUGCAUGCAUUUUCUAUUGUUUUCCUGGUUAGCAGUGUGUGGGUUAAUGCAGUAUUGCAGACUGUGUACCUCACUUUCAAUCAAGCAAAAAAAAAUAGAAUUAUUACACAAAUUUCGUCAAAUUCUCUGCUACUUUGUAAAAUGGUAGUUAAAUUGCACGUUGUCACACUCCAGUGGUGUCAAAAUCACUGGAAAGAUUUUAUUUCUUGGUUGGCAUUGUAGAUGCUAGUCGGAACAAGUUUAGGAAGGGCACACAGCCAGCAGUUUAAAUUAUAAUGUCAGGCAGCUGGUGAGCUCAAAGAGCAUCUUAUAUGUUAUAUUUUAUUUUUAAAACAAGUAGUUAGUAUGCUGUCUUGCUUCCCGUUGCCAAUAAUCUCUGCAAUUGUCUCUUUUAUUCUCAGCUACCCUUGUAUUAUUUAUAUACCUUUUAUUAGAUAUUUGUUUUUAAAACAUACGGUUUACCAUGGCUAUGUUUUGCUGCAUCUCCCCAGAGUCUCAGUCACUUACCGUCCCCCUAUACCCUCCCCUUUCCUUCAAUGUCUUAGCCUUUUACUGUGGAGCUUAGAGCUCCAUCACUUACCAAGAACUAAAUGAAAGGUCCAGUCAAAUGCAGCUGUGGACCCAAAGCAAUCUGAUGCGCUGGAUGCCUCUCAGAACCCUACAACAUCCAUUGUGGGAUCUAACUUUUGUUCUGAGCAUAAAAUACAGGUUUCUCAUUCAGAUCACAUCGUAGUCCGCAAUAAAUAAAUCAGACAGUGGUGCAACCUUGUGUAACAGCAAAUCAUGAUGCUGUUGUAUUCAAAGAGAAUCUCAUUGGGCAGUGACAGGUAUCUGACAUAGAGACCAGUGAGCAAGUGUUCAGCAAUGGUUUACUGUGCAAUAAGGUCCUGGAUACAGUGAAACUAUUUCUGAGGUUGCAUUGUGAACUUAGAAGAAAAAAGGUUUGGGUGGUUGGAGGCUGGAAAAGUGGAGUGUUUUCUUCAGGGGAAUUCUUUAUUUCAGGGUUUCACUAUAAUUUUAAAUGGUUCCCUCUAGCUUGGUGAUGAUAAUAAUAAUCCUUGCAUUUGACGUGGCGCUUUAUCACAUCGU